ACAAACAAGUUUAUUUAGAAAUACAAUGAAAUGUUUAAGUUAAAGUUAAUUUUUAAAUCUCUUCUUAUUUGAUGUAAUUUCAAAUGUUGUUAAUUUAAUUACUUUUAAUUGAUAUGAAAUAAUGAAAUGCAAUAGUGAUGAAAUAGAUUUGCAGAAAUUAAAAGAAAAUGUGUCAUUUUUAGCCGACGUUUUUGAAAAUACUUUCUCACUUCAGAGUACUAUAAAUUAUGUUAAGGACUAUGUAUCAGAAAUACAGCCAAAACCGGCCACCGGAAGUAAAAGAUCAGCAUCUCAAGUUAAUAAGAUUUGUUCACAGUCACCAGGAAAUAGUUUAAACUUAAGUUUAAGUAACAAGCACGUGUUAUCGCAGAUUACUGACAAUAAUAAGUCCUUUACAAAAAAAUUAAAAAACUGGGGUCUGCCCACUGAAAUAUGUAGAAAAUAUGAAGAAAAAGGUAUUAUUGAAAUGUUCGAUUGGCAAGUUGAAUGUCUCAGCAAUCCAAAAGUGCUUAUAGAUUGUCAAAAUCUGUUAUAUUCGGCACCAACAUCUGCUGGUAAGACACUUGUUGCUGAAUUAUUGACCAUUAAGACUGUUCUGGAAAGACAGAAAAAAGUCAUAAUCAUAUUACCCUUUGUAUCAAUUGUGAGAGAGAAAAUGUUUUAUUUGCAAGAAAUAUUAUCUAGUUCAGGUAUCAGGGUAGAAGGAUUCAUGGGCUCCCAGUCUCCACCUGGUGGUUUACAGGCAGUACACAUUGCGAUAUGUACAAUUGAAAAAGCGAAUAGUUUAAUCAAUAAACUUUUAGAUGAAGGAAAUAUAUCAGAAUUGGGUGCUGUAGUUGUUGAUGAAUUACAUUUACUUGGAGAUCCACAUAGAGGAUAUAUUCUGGAGCUUCUUUUAACUAAAAUUAAAUAUACAGCAUCUAAAUUAAAUGAUCUCUCAAUACAAAUAAUAGGAAUGUCUGCAACUUUACCAAAUUUAAAAAUGUUGGCGGAUUGGUUGGAAGCUCAUUUAUUUAUAACAGAAUUUCGGCCCAUACCUCUUAUUGAAUCAUGUUUGGUUGGAGACAAGUAUUAUAAUAAAAAAGGUGAACACAUAGGCAUGCUGUGUAAGUCAAAUUUAAAAGAAAUUGAUGAUGAUAGUGUCCUUUUGAUUUGUCUGGAAACAAUAAAAAGCAGUUGUUCUGUUCUUAUAUUUUGUAUGACUAAGAAUAGAUGUGAAAACUUAGCACAGAGCAUUGCAUCAUCAUUUUUUAAAUUGGGUUGUAUGAAUAAUGAACAAGGUAUGAUUUUAAGAGAACAAUUAAAGACUUCAAGUAUUCUCGAAGUUUUAGAACAAUUGAAAGGUUGUCCUGUUGGUUUGGAUCCAGUAUUAAAAAAUAUUAUCUCAUUUGGAGUUGCAUAUCAUCAUGCUGGACUUACAUUCGAUGAGAGGGACAUAAUAGAAGGGGCAUUCAAAUCUGGUGCUGUGAGAGUACUCGUUGCUACAUCCACCUUGAGUUCCGGUGUUAAUUUACCUGCUAGAAAAGUAAUCAUCAGGUGCCCCAUGUUCCAGAAGCAGCCAAUUAAUAUUUUGGCCUACAAACAAAUGGUUGGCAGAGCUGGGCGCAUGGGAAAAGAUACAAAGGGAGAAAGUAUUCUAAUAUGCACUCCAAAUGAACAAAAAGUUGGAUUUGAUCUGAUGAUGGGGGAUCUGGAUCCUGUAAAAAGUUGCAUAGAGACUGAAGAUAAAUUUAUGAGAGCUGUAUUAGAAAUGAUUGCUAGUCAAGAUGUUUGUACAGAAGAACAGUUAGAUUUGUACUCUAAAAGUACACUAUUAUUUAGCCAACAAAGUCUCCAUCCAUCCCAAAACUUUUUAUUAAAUGACACUCUAAAGGAACUCAUCAAUUAUGAACUUGUGAGAAUACAAAAAGAUGGAGAAGAAAUAAGAUAUGUAGCCACUUCAUUAGGGAAAGCCUGUUUGUCAUCUUCCAUGUCGCCAAACGAUGGAAUAUCAUUGUUUUGUGAGUUACAAAAAGCUCGACAAUGUUUAGUCUUAGAAACAGACUUACAUCUUAUUUAUUUAGUGACUCCAUAUAGCGUUAGUAAUCAAUGGAAUAAUAUAGAUUGGUUACAUCUGCUCACUCUUUGGGAAAGUCUCACAUCCGCCAUGAAAAGAGUUGGCGAGCUUGUUGGUGUCCAAGAGAGUUUUAUAAUUCGUUGCUUAAGGGGAACAAACAAAAAUAAUAAUAACCAAAAUAAACUUAAUAUACAUAAGAGAUUUUAUACAGCACUAGCAUUACAGGAUUUAGUGAAUGAAGUGCCACUCUCUGAAGUUGCUGGUAAAUUUCAGUGCGCUAGAGGUUUUUUACAAGGUUUACAGCAAGCUUCCGCUACAUUUGCCGGAAUGGUAACAUCAUUUUGUCAUCAACUUGGAUGGAAAAACAUGGAAAUGAUUAUAUCGCAAUUUCAAGAUCGUUUGCAUUUUGGUAUACAUUCAGAGUUAUUAGAACUCAUGAAACUAUCCUCCCUAAAUGGCGUUCGAGCGAGAACUUUAUUUAAUGCGGGUUUUGAAACUGUUGCAAGCAUUGCAUCAGCUGAGGUUAAUGUUAUAGAAAAUGCACUUCAUAAAUCCGUACCAUUCCAAAGUGAAAAACAAAGGGACGAAGAUGAUAUGAGCGAUUUAAGAAAAAGGAAUAAAAUAAAGAAUAUAUGGAUAACAGGCUACUGUGGUAUGACUGCCACAGAAGCAGCAGAAAAGUUGAUAAUAGAAGCGAGGAAUUAUUUAGCCCAAGAGAUCGGUGUCACAGAAAUAAAAUGGAAAGAUACAAGAUCGGAAAAAGAUAUAUUAGUAAAAAAUGAGAUCGAUAGUUUACAACAAAAUAAAAUUGAACCGAAUAUGAACGGGGAUGACGAAACGAAAAGUAAAGAUAUAAUAGACACAGAAAACAAAUCAAUAGUCGAACCCGAAAAUUUAGAGAUAGUUGAACGAAAAAUUUACAAGGAACCCAGUAUUAUAAAUUACUCUAAGAGAGAAAAUGGGGAGAGUGAUAGUAGUAUCAAUGAGAAUAAAAUUUUGUAUAAGCAAGAACUAACUCGUAAUAAUAGAAAUACAGAUUGUAAUGAAAUUAUUAAAAAUGAAAAAGAAACAAAAACACAAGGAAAUGCGAAUAUUAACAAUCUUGACUUAAAAAUCGCUCAAGAAAUAUCUCAUUCUGAUCAAAAAAUUCAAACUAAUAACCGCUUGACUUUCAGUAGUACUAAAUGUCUUAAAAUUGGACAAAGUAACAAAGAAUGUGAGUUAAAAAUUAAUAAAGUAAAUAUUGAAAAUUUAAAUAGCAGUCCUGGUCUCAAAGAAGAAAUUGAAUGGGUUUCUUUAAAUCUAACUGAAAUAGGAUUCGAUAACAUAUCUAAGCUUCGUAAUUCAGAUAACCUUAUUCCAAUAGAUACUUCUGAUAAGGUCAAUGAGCUUAAACACAAUGAAAGCGCGACCAGUGAUAUGGCGCUAACAAAAAGUGGAUCGUCUAAGGAUGUUAGUCUUUUUUCUUCGGACGGAGAUGAUUCUAGUCUCUUUGAGGAAAGUUUCCCAGCAGAUUUGCCCUCCACUAUUAUAGAUAAACUAAACAAUGACAGCUCUGUAAAGGCAAAAAAUUGUACUCUUAGUCCUAAUUCCACUGUGAAUGCAUUUAGUUCAGUGUUUGAUAUAGAUGAGGAUGAAGACAUUAAAUUAGUGUAUGAAGACGAAAAAAAAUGCAGCGAAGACAACGAUAUAAACAAUUCUCAGAAUGAAAUAAUAAUAGACACUCAAGAUAUGAAUGAAACUAUUAUCAAACAUCACUUCAUAAGUCCACUAAAACGUCGUGCUAAUACCGAUAAAAUUUCCUCAGCAAAGAGAUCGAAGUUACAAAGAAAGUUAAUUAGUAACCGACCUUUUGAAGAAAUACAGGUCAAAAACAAAAUAUCGAGAUCUCAGGAGUUUUUGUUAACUAUUAAUAAAACCAAGAUAACUUGUAAGCUUUCACGAGACGAAGAUAUAGUUAUGAGUCUGUUAGAUGUUAAUAAAGCGAAAAGAGCUUCGAUUAUAUUGGACAUGAACUCAUCAUCAAAAACCAAUUGCAACAUAGGGAAUAAAAUUUUCGAAAAUGAAAGUAAUUUACACAAAUAUAAGCUACCCUUUAAAGGAAUUGCGUUUUGCUUAAGAGAUGAUACGUGUUUUUAUAUAGAUUUAAUUGAUAUAGGCGAACACGAGCAGAUAUUUAAAACAAAGAUGUCGGAGAUUCUAUCAAACGAUUCCCUCCAAUUGGAUAUGCUGUCGAUAAAGACGUAUUACGCUGAAAUCAAGAAAUAUUUUGGAGUUAAUUUGUCUUAUUGUAACGACGUGUCUUUAGCUGAGUGGCUUCUAGAUAGUGAGGAGAAAAUAUCGACAAUCGCUGAUCUGGCGUUCAAGUACUGUGAUCUAGAUUUACAAAAGAUGGAAAUAAAAAUUGACAAUCAGAUAAAAAGUUACAAAUCCUUGGACAUGCAUGAGAUGAAUUGUUUAAGGGCAUGGUGUUUAUGCGAUAUAGUAAAACAACAGGAGAAAAAAAUAUCGCAAGAAACAUUGGUCAUGGAGAAGAUCUUAAAUACAGAAAUCCAAGUUUGCAAGAUCCUUGGGGAUUGCGAGUACCACGGCAUUACGGUGGAUAAAGAUCUCGUGUCGAGAUUUUUGAUUGAUGUGAAAAAUUCUCAAGAGAUCUUACAGAAGAAGGCAUUUAAGAUAUGCGGAUACCAUUUUAAUUUCAACUCAUCCAAGGAUGUAGCUAAAGUUUUAGGACUUUACAAGGGUCGUAAGACCAGCACUAGGAAGAGUGUUCUUUCGGCGCACAACAGUCCUAUGUCUAGUAUUAUAAUAUACUGGCGGAAACUCAACUCCAUCCUCACCAAGAGUCUUUAUCCCAUCACUGAACAAGCCUGUGUAUACACUGAAGAUAAUAGGAUAUCUCCAUCUUAUACCAUGUACACAUGCACGGGACGCAUUAGCAUGCACGAGCCGAAUUUGCAAAACUUACCGCGGAAAUUCACGAUACCAGCAAACUAUUUAUGCGAUAAUGAAUCUUGUGACGACGUAAUAGAGUUCAAUUGUAGGAAAAUAUUCAGAGCAGCGCCCGGUUACGUUUUCAUAUCGGCUGAUUACUGCCAGUUGGAAAUGAGGAUUCUGACACACUUUUCCAAGGACGUUACUCUAACUAGGAUAAUGGGUUCGGAUGUUGACGUUUUUAAAUCGAUUGCAGCGUCUUGGAGUGGUGUGCCCGAGCACGAGGUAGACGAAGAUUUACGUCAUAAAGCCAAGCAACUUUGUUACGGUAUAUUAUACGGAAUGGGUAAUAGGACUCUGUCUCAACAUUUAAACGUAACAGAAUUAGAGGCUGCAUAUUUUAUGGAUAUGUUUUAUAAGACCUAUCCAUCGAUAAAAGUUUUUACAGCGAGUCUGAUAGAGGAGUGUAGGAAGAAAGGUUACGUGGAAACUUUGAUGAAAAGGAGAAGAUAUCUUCCUAACAUCAACAGCAGUGUUCCUUCAAAGAGGAGUGCAGCUGAAAGGCAAGCUGUUAACACGACCAUCCAAGGAUCGGCCGCAGACAUAGCGAAGUCAGCGAUGUGUUCCAUACAACAAAGCACUUCAUCACUUCUGAUAUUACAAAUGCACGAUGAACUUAUAUACGAAGUACCGGUUAAUAAUAAACAAGAUUUUAUAGUUAUUUUAAAAAAAUCUAUGGAAAAUACCGUCCGUCUGAACGUACCUUUACCGGUCAAAAUAAAGUGUGGUCAAACCUGGGGUACAAUGGAGGACGUCAAAUAAUAUUUCGUAUAAUCAUGAAUUUUUUUAAUUAGUUAUAUUCUUUAGUUAGUAGUCUGUGAUAUUUAUUUUGUAUUAUUACUGUUAAUAAAAUAUUUCUGAACCAAA